AUGGCUGUAGUUUGCAGGUUAUACGGCUCAAAACGGUGUGCGCGUUGCAAUACACCGAUAUCUGCGUCAGAGCUGGUGAUGCGGGCAAGGGAUCUGGUCUUCCACGUGCACUGCUUUUCAUGCGCGCUCUGCAGCACCAGGCUGACGAAGGGAGACACGUUUGGCAUUAGAGAUUCAGCUGUGUACUGCAGGCUACAUUAUGAAACGAUGCCAGACUACGGGCCUCACAUGCCGAUGCCAGGACCACCUCAAAUGUGCCCGGGACCCUACGCCGGUCCUCCACAAGGUCCCCACUACCCCCCUUACCCCUCUCCCGAUUUCGCGCGGGUAGAACCAGAUGUUCCUAAAGGCCCAUUCUUCAAUGGAGCUGCAGCACCACCUCCUCGACAAAAAGGGAGACCGAGGAAAAAGAAACCGAAAGACCAGGACUUGAUGACAGCCAAUCUUGAUUUGAAUGCUGAUUACUUGGAGAUGGGUUUCCGAGGCGGCGGUGGUUUGGGGGCGACGUCCCGAACCAAGCGCAUGAGGACGAGCUUCAAACACCACCAGCUGAGAACAAUGAAGUCCUACUUCGCAAUUAACCAUAACCCCGAUGCGAAAGACCUGAAACAGCUGAGCCAGAAGACGGGUCUUCCCAAACGAGUGUUACAGGUAUGGUUCCAAAACGCGCGAGCAAAAUGGCGGCGCAUGGUGACAAAGCAGGAAAACAAGAUGACAGACAAGUGCUCCCCCGAUGCCUCCAUGGAGAUGGACAUGUACCACGGACCCAUGGGCUCCAUCCAGUCCCUACCACCUCACAGCCCCCCCUACAGCGUUAUGGGGGGCCCGCCAAGUCCCAACUCCAUGGACUGUCCAUAG